CUUUUAAAUAAACAACAGCAAGUAGCACAUAGGUCUACAGAUUGAUUGUUUUCUUCUCUUUAUUUGCGGAUUGUAGCUGUCCCCCUGAUAUACUUUCUUGUUGGUUCUUUGUGGAUAACUAGCUGAAGUUCAAGGGGCACCACACAGAUAGACCAGGGCAUAUCCUGAGAGCCCAAAGAAAGAAAGAGCAAGAAUAGCAGCUGCUUCACAUACAAUUUCUUCAAGAUGGCCGCCGCUUCCUCAUCCACUUUGUUUUUCGGAACGAAAGACGAGAAUCAAAGCCAGACAGCACAACAAGCUUCUUCUACCGUCACUUCCUCAACUGCUCCAACUGCAGCACCUCAAAAGAAAAGGAGAAACCAACCUGGAAAUCCAAAUCCAGAUGCGGAGGUAAUCGCACUAUCUCCCAAGACUCUAAUGGCAACAAACAGGUUCAUAUGUGAGGUAUGUAAUAAGGGGUUCCAAAGAGAGCAGAACCUACAGCUGCACAGAAGAGGACACAACCUGCCAUGGAAGCUAAAGCAGAAGGCUAAAAAGGAACCAAAACGGAAGGUGUAUCUGUGCCCGGAGCCCACAUGCGUCCACCACGACCCUUCGAGGGCUCUCGGCGACCUCACUGGCAUCAAAAAGCACUACUCGAGAAAGCACGGCGAGAAGAAGUGGAAGUGCGAAAAGUGCUCCAAGAGGUAUGCCGUGCAGUCUGAUUGGAAGGCCCAUUCCAAGACCUGUGGCACUAGAGAAUAUAGAUGCGACUGCGGCACUCUCUUCUCUAGGCGAGACAGUUUUAUCACUCACAGGGCCUUCUGUGAUGCACUGGCUCAGGAGAGUGCAAGGCAUCCUAGCAUGGCCGGUAGUAAUCUUUUUCGAAACAACCAAAUGAGCUUAGGCCUAUCACAAGUACAAAAUCAGAACCAGCUAUCUAGUAAUGUGUUACGACUGGGCACCAGUGCCAAAUUUGAGCACCUCAAUAUCCCUCCAAUAUCAAACACUUGUUCCUUCGGACAGCCGAUGCCUUCACCUGCGUUAUACAUGCCAGAUUCAAACCAAGCAUGCUUCCCAAACAAGCCUUCUUUGCAUGGACUUAUGCAACUUCCUGACCUUCAAACCAACACUAACAAUUCCUCUCCACAUAGCAAUCUCUUUAACAUUAACUUCUUUUCUAACAACACUGGCGCCAAUUUAUCAUCUUCUUCGGGCUUAUUGAUUCCCGAUCAGCUCAACAAUAAUGGCAUGGGUGACCAUGUUGGCUCCGGAGUAUCUUCUCUCUUCAGUAACAGUAAUUCAAUAUUGCAUCCUGAAAACAUUGCUUCACAUAUGUCCGCCACUGCGUUGCUUCAAAAAGCUGCCCAAAUCGGAUCAACUACAAGCUCCAAUAAUUCUUCCUUGUUAAGAGGCGUGGCUACUUCCUCAUCUGAUAAGCAGAAUUCGUUGGUUAACCUGGGCUUCAGUUUUGGCAGUGGUAAUGGAGGAGGGAUGGAAAAUGCAAGCCAUCUUCAAGGGUUAAUGAAUUCUCUUGCCAAUGUGAACUCUUCCAUGUUCGGAGGACAGGAUAACAACUUUGAUGGCUUCACACAGGAACGCGAACGCCGCCAUAGUAACACAGAUUUCAGCACCGCGGGGAGCGAGCCAAAGUUGGCUGUGAGUACUUUUGGAGGGUCUGAUAAGUUAACCUUGGAUUUCUUGGGGGUGGGAGGGAUGGUAAGGAACAUGGGCGCCGGGUAUUCCCAAAGAGAACACCAACAUACUAUCAAUAUCAACUCUUUCGAACCUGAUGCAAGUCAACCAUUUGCAAGCACAACACUUGAGUGAAAACAUAUUGAGAAGAAACAAAAUGAUAUUACCAGAUCGAUCACGUUACUUAAUUUUGCAUGUUCGUUCGUUGAAUAUGUAGGUGAAGCGAUUGAUAUCACCUUUUUAUUUUUUAUUUUUCUUCUGACUAUUUAGGGUUCCGUUCCUGAAUAUGAAUGCCUUAUUACUUUCUUUACA